AUGAAAGUGUGUCGGAUACAUGCGGAUGAAGAUCGCCCAACUUUGUUUUUUUUCGACUUCGAAACACGCAAAGAUGACGAGGGUUACAUGAUCCCCUUUUAUUGUGUUGUGCAGAAAGUAUGCGUUGAAUGUGAUGAAAAACCGUUCGUGAAAACAAAUGAGAACUUUGAACCGGUUUUAGAUAUUCAAUAUGCUGACGGGUCAGUACAACCGGUUAUUUGUUGCGGUUACAGACAAUAUAUAUUUGAAAAUGACAAUGCAUGUAUUACUAAAGAUCUUGUCGAUUUUAUGUACGCACAAGAGCGUAAUAGUGUGUGGGUCGGACACAACGGUGGUCGGUUUGAUAACGUUUUUUUAUUGCGUGAGCUGCUUAUCCAAAGAAAUAUCGUACCGCAAACAAUUAUGAACGGUAAUAAAAUCAUGUGUAUGGAAUUAGAGGAUCGUAAUCUAAAAGUACUCGAUAGUUUUUUAUUUUUAAGUAUGGCACUCAGUAAAUUUCCCGAAGCCCUGGGUAUUGAGAAUAUCGCCAAGGGUUUUCAUCCUUAUCAUUUUACCGAUUUGACAUACGUGGGUCCUAUGGUGGGGCUAGAAUAUUUUGAACCACCCGCUGAGGGUACUCCGCAGCGUUCUAAAUUUGAUGCAUGGUAUGUGGCACAGUGUUUGAAACCCUAUAAUUUCAAAAAAGCCAUCUAUUACUAUUGUCGAUUAGACGUAGAUAUUUUACGGCAGGGGUGUGUAAUUUUUGCGCGUUUGAUAAAAAACAUAACAGGUGUUUUUCCUUUUUAUGACAAAACAUGUCAUACUAUCGCCGGUUUGGCACUCAAAAUAUACCGCAGUAAUUUUCUUGUAAAAGAUACAAUCGGACAAAUUCCCGCAAAGGGAUACGGAACGCAGGUUAAGCAGAGCGUCAUCGCUCUUUAUUGGUUACGAGAGAUCGAGACCGAACUGCAUGAAAGCGACCUUUUUUUACAAAGUAAUUUGUCCGUUGAAGGUGAAACACGUGUACUGGGUCGGUAUGUUGACGGCUAUUGCAAGGCGACACGCACGAUUUAUCAAUUUCACGGGUGUUUUUUUCAUGGGUGUACGCAAUGUUACGACGGUGACGAAUAUAAUACCGUGUUAAAUGAAACCUACUACACGUUGCGCGAACGUACGCGUCGUACUGAUAAAAUGUUUGAAAAUGCGGGUUAUCAAGUUAUCACCAUGUGGGAAUGUGUUUACAUGCAGACGAAUAAAUUAAACAAGAAGAUGUUAGAUCUUUUACGUCAUCGUGAUUUUUUUAUUAAUAUUCAUUUGAACCCGCGGGACGCCCUUUUCGGGGGUCGUACAUCGCCUGCACGUUUGUACUUUGAAUCGAAAAAUGGGGCGGAAAAAGCAUUUUACGGAGAUUUCACAUCCCUAUACCCGUAUGUUCAGAAAAAAAAUGUUUUUUCGACCCGUCAUCCGACAAUAAUACGCGGUGAAGAGGAAUGUGCAAAAAUACCCGUCAGUACAGUAUUCGGGUUGAUCAAAUGCCGUAUUGCCCCCCCCUGCAACGUUUGUUAUUUCCCGUAUUACCCUGCCGUGCCGGGGGUAAAUUAA